UGACAGAGAGGUCCCUGCUCUUGUGUGUCACUGGAAGAUUCUUUAGCCAUAAUUACCUGCUCCAAUAAGUGAUUUCCCCUGUGAUCUUCCUUCCAAGAAUAUUAAGCCCUCUCUCAAGCGGCGUUGGAUGUGAAUGUCCGUAAUCCCAGCACUCAAGACACUGAGGCUGGAGGAUAGUGAGUUUGAGGCCAGAGUGGGUUACACACAUAGCCAGCCAUUCAGAGCAUCCUGCCUUUCCAGGCUGUUUGUACUUUCCUCACCCUCUAGGGGCCGCUGUGCUUCCGGAGAGCGUGCAGGUGGCUUGGUUGCCGGGAGAUCGUUGCUUGGCAACCGCUUGUCCACCAGCCUCUAGCCUGCUGAACUCUGAUAGACAUGGCGUCCUCCAGAAGCUCCUCCAGUUCUUCUGAGGAGUCCCCAGACUCUGAGACAUCGGUGUCGCCGGUGCAUCUGCCCCCAACGCCGCCGCCGACCUCUACCGCGGUUCUCAAGUCGCCCAGCGAGUCCAAGUCGAGUUCGACCGACCCGCCGCAAUGUACCCACUCCGAGGACUCGCUGCCCUCUGCCGCCUUCUACGGGCCCCUGGACAGUAAAAACCCACUCCUGGCCUCUUGCGAGAAGGAGAUCCGGGAGCUGUUGGGCUUUAUGAAGAAGAAGAAGGCUCUAGCCACCUCAAUGGAACAGAAGUACGAAUUCCAUCGGAGGUGUGCCACCACGCUGUUUAAUAUCUGGACCAAAUAUGCUCCCAGGCUGCCGUCCAACUAUUACAACGAGAAGCUCCUGAAGGUUGGAGACAGCCUCUGUCAAAUAAAAGAAUACAAGCUGGCUCUUCUGCAGUGCUAUGGGCGGUAUCUCCAGGAAUUCAUUGCUGAUUUCGACGAGCAUAAAGAAGAUGUAAAUCAUUUCAAAACUGUCUUCUUCCCAAAAGGUUUUGGAGAUGAAACGGCCAGACUCACAUUUCAUGCUUUGAGUGGAAAAAAUAUUUGCAACUACCAGCUGGUCUGCGAAAGCGAUGCCAACCUGCAGAAUGAGGAAUCCGUGAGACAGUGCCUGCACAUCUUGUCCUCCUUUCGGCUCAUCAUGCAGGUGGCUCUCCCUCAGGAGCACCUCUGCUGGAUUAUCUUCAACGGUACCCUUUACAUCUACACCAUUUGCCGGAAGCUGAUGGUCAUAGGACAGUCUUCCAAGGCCUUGGAGUUCCUGCUGUGGGCCAGCAUGUGCAUGGAGUCCUCUGUCCCGCUCCUGUCCAUCAGGUACCUGACAUGGAGAGCCACUCUCUACACUGCCGUCUGCCAGUGCCACUAUGACUGUCAGGAUGGCAUCCACGGGGAGGCAUUUGCUCGGCGUGCGCUAGCUAAAAUUGAUGAGUUAAGGCAGCUGGAAUUAAUGAGCUCCUCGUCGUCUCUGGAAACCUCCCGAAAAUAUUACAGAGAGGCCACGAUAAAGAUGGCUGUGAUGAUCUUCAAAAGAGGAGUAUUCGAGUCUCGAAGAAAAAACAAAAAUGUGUUAAGACCGAAGCUAAGACUCAACCUAAAGGAAGCUCAAAGUUUGCCCUGGCCACGGACAGUCACUGAACGGCUGCUGGAUGAGCUACUUGACAGCACCUCAUCGCGGUUUCUGGCUGUCUUGGAAGCCCUCUCUGACUCAAACAGGCGGAUCCUGCAGACUGGACCGCUGGUUACUGACGAAAUGGAGCUGCGUGAUGUGGUGUCGGAGCUGUUUAUGGCUGGAAAAGAACUUUUGAUACUUUCAAAUGUUCGUUCAAAUGGAAAGCUUGAUUUCCCCCAAACGAGUCUCCUGGAGCAUGUAGUAGAGAAGCGGAAUGCUCUUUCCGUGGGUGCUUCUGUGAGGUUUGCCAAGCUGGCUUUUACUUACGAAGAAUGGGGAUUAUUUGAAUCCCUAGCUGGACAGCUUAUUCACUUUCUCCAGAAGCAGGACAACCCCCAGUCAAAGAAAGCAGAGAAGGAUUUAAUUCUUCUGCUUGCAGUCGAACCAUUGAUCAAUGUGAAGAGAAACAGAGGUUUGAUCUUUCCUUUGGAAACCGAUAAGGAGACACAGUCCAUUGAAAAUUAUCUAAAACACAUAGCUUGUCAUGAGUCUUGUAUGAGGACCACAUUCACGGAAGACACUUUUAGCUUGGCAGCAAUUCUUCAUUUCUGUGUCUGUGUCCCUACCCAGGGUGUUCUUCCGGAUAAAGAUAUCGUCGUGGACAUAAUAGGGCUUUUAUGGCAGAGAUGCAAGCUAGGAAUUCAAAGGCUCAACAUACCCAAAAACGACUUCGCAAAAUAUUCUCACAAGAUCAGCACUAACAAAUGGGUUUAUCUCCUGUGGCAGAUAAGUGAGGUGAUACAUUGCUAUAAACUGGAAGACCUGGACAUUGUGAUGGUGGCGGAGAUCACGUUACGAUUAAGUGAAAUACUAGAGUCUUUGGGAAGCCCGAAAAGAAAAUUCAAAAAAUCUGCAGAUUUAUCUGCAAAGAAAGGGCCCGACGAGUUGCCUGGGACUUCAAAAGGGGUCCCAGAAAUCCUUCCAAUAUUAAAGCACUUACCCUCUCAGUUGCUAUUAACUCUCCUCACUGCCAUCUCUUUUGGAAUCUCUGAAGAAUCUUAUAAUGAAACUUACAAGACCGAGUAUUUCUGGGUAGUUUCCCUCUGCAUCCCUGGUGGCUUAGCUCUGGGACCCUCACAGCGAGCACCCGUGGAACAGCUGUUUUAUGCGUAUGAACUCCUUGAUAAAGCAAUCAUUGGCAUGAGCUGGAAAUGCAUGUUAACUACUUUGUCAGAUGGAUCAUCCGUGAUUGACCAUUGCUAUGUCAAGGACUCUCAAGACGUAGAUGGAGACACUUACAAACCGAUUGCAUCAAACAGCUACACAAUGGACCUACAUCUUGAAUUGAUUCAAGCUCAGCACCGUAUAGCCGUUGUGCUCCUUGACCAACUGGAAGUUUUGCAGGCUCCAACUGUUAGCACAAACACUCCUGCCAAAGGUUGGGAAAAAGUAAAGAAGCCCAGAAGCACUGAGUGUUUCACAGAGUUAACUGUAAUGAAGAAGAUAAAGAAGAACAAGCUGUCCAAAGCCAUCUACCUGAUGCAGAAGGCUCUUUUACUGUUUGAGAAAGACGCAGUGUGUGAGACUUCACGGAACUUGCUGAUGGAAGCGAAUGCCUUAAUUGAGAAGGUCGAAGCAGAACAAAAUGCCCUAUAUUCCUAUCAGAAGUUCUUGGGGAGCUCAAAAAUAAAGAAGAGCAGAAUUCCUCCCCCACCCAUCCUGCUGGCCCGGACUCACUGCUCUGUGACCCUGAAGCCCGCGCCGUUCAUCUCAGAGGUUAAGGCGUCCUGGUACUGCAUCUUGGGUUGCAAAGCAGAUGGAAGCUAUGGGAAAGUAAGGCUGAACAACAACCACCUCCCAAACUCAGGAGAAGCGAUACCAGCCGAUGGCAGAAGCUUCUUUGAAAUUAAAGGUUUGGAAACGAAUGCACAGUACUGCUUUGCGAUCGCUGCUUACUCGUCCAGCGGGAAACUCAUUGGUGAUGCUAUUGGGGAGACAACGAAACCAAUUCUCAUUUACCCGCCUCUCUCUGCUGUCACCGCUCGGAUGUACCUGACACAGGUCGCUUAUCAGAUCGGUAACUAUGAGAUGGCCAAGAAAGUCUUCUCACCAGUCUGGGAUUAUUUUGUUGCCUCUCCGCUACCGGACGAGCAGUCGGUUAUCUGUCUAAGCAACAUCAUGACAAUAACGCAGAAAAGGCUUCAUUCCAACAUCUUGGCAGACACUUCUUCGAUCCUCUUGUACCUUUUCCUCAGAAAUAUCUUUGUGAUGAGUGACAUUAAAAUUAAAGAAGAGAAUCUCUUCUGUGAUAAUAUUAAAGGCAACGAGAUUUUCCCCGCCCAGCAAGUCGCUAGACUGGUGGAGUGUGAGAAUGUGCUAGUAGCUCUGGAGCUCAGCAACUUCCUCAAUGACGCCAACUUCGCCCUCCAAGCAGUGACCCAGUGCUACGGGCUCCUCGCACCCAUUAUCUACCACAACAUCGUCUUGGUACCUGUCAUCCAGAUCUUGAUAAAAUGUAUUGUGGUUUUGCAAGGAAUACCAAGUAUUAUUCACUCAAAGAAAAAUAUCUCCAGCUUUGAAAGUAUACAGCACAUGAUAGCUUGCUGCAUCUUCUACAUGACAAAGAUUCUACGUUCCUGGAAGGAGUAUGACCUGGCAAUAAUGCUUAUAAAUUAUGGGAAAAAGAUGCUGGAUAUCACAUCAGGGUGCAGGUCUCUUUUUGGUAUUGAGCAAGAGGAAACUGCAGAGGAGGGUGUUUGUUCUAAGAAAACUUCAAGAACCAAGAAGCCACAGCAGGUGCUGCUGCCUGAAAAGAUAAAUGAACAGCUGGCCUUGUUGGAGACACAUCUACUCAAGACGACAAAGCAAAUCAACUCAGCUGAACUAUCCGGAUCGGAGGACCCUAUCUUCCUUUACCCUAUAGUUUUGAACUGGACGGUGAAGGGCGCCAUGAAGGAAGUCAUGAAAUUUAAGCAAAGACCAAGAUUCCUGGAAUUCUUUACACAAAUUAUGCUCAAAUGCAUGAACGAUGAGAAGUUUCAUCUCAUGGUGGAGAUAUCUGCCCCUGUUUAUGACUUCUUGAAAAGGAGAAAUGAGUCCCUUAUUGGAGUGAAAAGGAUAAAAUAUAAGGAGACUGUCAUUUCUAGGAGGGCACUCAAGUCUCCCAGUAAGUUUAAAGCCAUAGUGAUCGAGAUUGGCAAGAGUUCAGACUUAACAAGAAGACGAAGGAAGAAAAAGAAAACUCUAAAAGACUUUUUCUACAAGAAUCCAUCCAUUUUUGAUAUGGCAGAGCUGGACAGAAACAAGAGAACGGACGUCAGGAAAAUGGCAUACCGGAGCCUGAGUGAUAACCUGAACCCCUUAAUCUUAACGUACGUUAGACGAAAGAGAUUCCAUCAAAUACUUCUUGAGGAGUUGCCCUGGAGAGCUCAGAUGAACCUCUAUCUGGCGAAUGCUCACUUCCACUUGUUUUUACAAAAGCUGACCGAGCGCACAAAGGAGAGACUCGGCUCAUCGUAUUCAAGUGUCAGCUUCCGGUCAUGUGACCCUAACCUCUUCUCAUUGUUCCACUCUGGAACAGUGUUACCAACAGCAAAGCUGACUGUAGACAGCUACAAUGCAAUGAUGGAUGCCCUCACUGUCUCUAAGAAAAAGAAGCACAACCAAACCACAGAUACAGAAGAUUUAUCUGUACUUUUCAAUUCCAAAAGCGAUGAUAACAUUCCCAAGAUGAAAACACAAACAAUUUAUGAAUCAGACUCUCAAUUAGGCAUUGGUGUUAAUGUCAGAGAGAAGGAUCGAACGCUGGUUUGGGGACUGGAUCAUUUUAUGAAAAUCUUCUUAUGUUGCAGGAGAGCGAUGGUUCUUGCAUACCGUGGUGGCUACUGGACUCUACUGCAGAAUUGUUGCAGGGUCUUCUGGAACUUUUCCCGGGAGCUGCAGAUACUACUGAAGCAGACUGUGGCUAGUUGCAAAACCUUUCCUGUUAGCCAGGAUAACUUUCUCUGCAUCUGUGUGCUACCCUUUUACCUGGGCGCAGAACUACUUAUUGACAUGUUGAUAAAGCUGCAGAGCACAAACUCUAUCAAGCCCUUCGAGGAGAGAGGCGAGUUCAGCAUUCCCAGCUGUUACGGGAACAUCAAAUCUGAUAAUGGAGGUUCCAGCCUGAUCUUUGAACAUCCUUUGGAUGACGUCAACGUGGUAGAUUUGAGAUGGAUCCAUGACUUUGUGUUGAAGUCUCUGGAGGUUCUAUACCAAGUGGAGAAGUGGGAAACUCUGGUGUCUCUUGCCAUUCAGUUCAAUAUUAUUUCACAUGAGAGGUACACAGAGCAAGUGACCCCGCUGUUGGUGUAUGCUCAGCGCCAACUGGUCCAGAGGAUAAAAGAGCUGAAUGGCCCUGAGCUCUCCCGUCAGGCUUGCGCCAGAUACGAGGCUGAAAAUGGAGAGAAGAUCACCUGUCGAAACUUCAUUGGGAAGCGCCUCAAGAUUGAUUCUUCCACACCCAAGAACCUGGCUGAGCUACAAGGCAGUUCUGAACCCCUGAAGACACUCAUCACUUCAGAGCAGAGACUAGCCAAACAGCUUGUCUCUGUGCCCCUGGAUGUGAAUGACACUUUGAGAUGCUUCAGAGAGACCCUGGAAAAGUCCAAAUAUCAUAACAGAUCAGUCCGACACAGCAGAAAGCUGCUUUCUUUAUUUCUUGCACAGACACAAGAUGAAAGAGGAGGGAUGGACAACUCAAAAUUUACUCCAGGGAAGGUGGAGUUUUGCCUGGGAACGGAAGAGAUGCACAUGCCAACACCCCCCGACCUUUCUCAAGAAAACUUCCGAGUUUUUAGCUCCGUGGAGAAAAGCAAACUUCCCUCCUCACAGCUGGGGCUGGUCAUUUCUUCCUACUACCAAACUAUUGAUGUUCUCCAAACCAGCAAUCAAAGGAGCCUUAAAGUUCAGUCCCUGCAUUCUCUUGGAAGCCUCCUCCUCUUUGCAGAUAAGAAAAGGGCUGCUUUUAAAUGCUGGAGCCAAGCUCUUGAUGAUAUCUUCAGAAAACCAGAUGUGCUACACAACUGGAAAGAAUUUGGCACCUCCCUCCCUGGUGCCCCCAGCAGCUCCUCACCUCCUGGUUUCAAAGACUACAGUGAAGAAUUUCUAUCGAAAUUUGGCAUCUGGGGGUGUUUGCAAGCGGCGAUGAUCACAGCGAAGAUAGCGCAGUUUAUUAAGACUGCGAAUGUUAAGAAAAGAAUCAACUGUUGUAUAUUGUCUGCAUUGCUUUUUCAGAGUCUGCUCCGUACUACACUCCCACAUCCCAAAGCCGAACGUAACUAUGCUCAGUACGAAAUCACCCAGCUCCUCCCUGGCAUCGAGCUCUUCUCGGACAAAUUCAGGGCCGACAUCUGCAGUGUUAUCGCAAGCCUGUAUUACGUCAUCCGAGAGCUGCACUAUGCUAAGUACAACCUCAUAGUUCUGCCUCUUCUUGCACUGUACCAAUAUUUUGUGUCUGUCAUUUGCCAAGACAUAGUCAGAAAUCUAGAAGCAAGAAUUCUCAAGAUCGAAAUCCUUAUAGAUUUAGGCUUCUUUUCCGAAGCCUUCUAUGAGCUAUUCCAGAUUUAUCAUGGAAAGAACAUGCCGUGCGCCAUACCUGCUGGCUACAAAGCAACAAUGAAAGUUAAGAUAACUCAAUCAUUCGAUUCUGGAAAACCUCUCACCCAUAAAGACAACAUGCAGGCACUUGAAGAGCUAAUAAACAGAGGCUUGCCCCACAUUCUGGUUAACCUCGGCUACCAGCAUCUCUUAAACAAAUUUAAUUUUGCCAAGUCACACUUCUUCAUAAGUUUGGCUGCGACAAUCAACUGUAUUCCCGAUCCUUCACCAAAAAUAAUGUACUACCAAUUUAUUACUGAGAGGAGCAAACCCACCCCCCAAAACCUGAAAGAUAAUGAAAACUCUCAUGGUCAGUUUUUGAGACUGAGAGAUGACUACAACCUUAACACCAUCAAGUCCAUUUUACUGAUGGAGGCAGAGGAGAAGGUCAACUCCCUGCUGUCGGAGACAGAGCACCAGUGCCACAGGCCCCUCUAUCUGUCCUCUGUUUUGGAGCUGGAGAUCAUGGUGGAGGCUAGGCUACACCUGGCAGCAAUCGCCCUGCAGAGAUACAGGCCAGCAUACAGCACUGCCAUCCUAUACUCUACACUGAAGCUUCUCCAGGAUUCGAAGGUGUUCAAAAAGAAAGUGCCCGAAGAGUCAUGCAGCCCCACCUCUCCAGAAACUUCUACCACAGAAAGUAAAGAUGACAGUGAGUUUUUAGACCCCAUUUCCCUGAACUCCCGGGAAUACUUCAAUAUUCACCUUUGGCUGAGGUGCCGCUUGAUGCUGGUAACUUCGUUCAUCGCACAGAUUCGCGGUAUUGGAAUCAUGAAAGAGAGUGAGUUAACAGACUGUCUGAGCCUCAUCGAUGAAGUAUGCACAGAGGCAAAGAGUGCCGACGACACAGAGGUCCUGGCCGAGUUCCUAAUGCAAGCUGUGGUCCUGGGCCUUCAGGAGAAGCACUUUAAGGCAGACAUCAUACAAAAGCUUAAGGAAAUUAUCAGUUUGCUGGAAGGGAGCGAAUUCCUUUCUCCCAGAUCCUGGUUAACCCUGGCAAAAAGCCUCAUUCUGAUGGAUGACUUAACGAAAGCUGAGAAAUUCAAAAAAGCAUCUUCAAAAGAGAACAAAUUAAUUUUCUUGAAUCAAGCUCACAGAAUUCUUAUUGCACAGAUGUUAACUUUUGGAGAGACCAUUGAGUUCCCCCUCUCAGAUAGUGACUAUGCAAGCCCAUUGCAGCCGUUGAAGAAUAUCUACCUUCCUCAUGUCAUGCUACUGGCCAAAGUAAAACUGAGGAUUGGACACACCAUGGCCAAGCAGGUAUGUUCCAGCAGCAAGAAGAAGGACAUCAGUAAGUGGCUGCCCGUUCUGCACAUGUUUGACAUGGCUUUGAAGGUCUGUAAAGCAACCGCAGCAGAGGAAUAUGAAGUGGAGGCUGAGAUUCUAUUUCAGAAAGGAAGAAUAGAGCGUCAAAUGCUGAUGGAGGAGAAAACGUCAAUUGCACACAUCGAGAGUUUUUUCGAAGCUAUUCAAAUAAGCCUGAAAAACGAUCAGAACUCAGGGUUGAUAAGGGAUUCCUACCUCGAAAUCGCCCUGGUGUAUUUCUAUCUGAAGAAGCCAAAGAGGAAGGCUUCAGCCACAACACUCAAGCCUCUUCCCAGAAGGCACAGCUCUGUUAAAGACCCAGUAGCAACUCAAACUGAGAUGUAUAGCUCACUGGCCUGGAUCGCAAUACGAGCUGCUGCACAGGUCAGUGAAUCUGUACUGGGGAUCAACCUCCUGAUAGGAAAGAAGAGGGCCAUGAUCGACAAAGUCAAUAACAUUACAUUGCCAAACAUCCCAGAGUUUGCCACGGUGGAUCUUCUGUCUUCAUAUACAGAUUAUUUACUCGAAAACUACCAAGUUGUUUUCCAGACUUCCAACUCACUUAUGUGCGAAAAUGAUGAUGUGUAUGACUGUAUAGAUGGGAGAAAGAGGAACCUAUCCAAAGUGGAUGUUACGUGGAUCCUUCUCAUUCGCUACUAUAUUCACCUACAAAGAAUCAACAACAUGAGCAAGCUGCUAGCAUCUGCAACUCCGGUCUCAGGGAUUUCUUUGCCUGAUGACACACUUCUCACGUCCCUGUACAACUCUGAAUUGAUUUUGCGCCAAAAAGAAAUGCAUCUUUUCCUGAAACGAUUCUUACAGCUCUACUCUUCUUCAUGCAUUGAUGGAUUUCCAAGGGAACUUCUUCAAGGUUUGGAAAACAUUUCACUAGAGAAAGUUCUGUUCGAAUCAUCAGGCAAGGUUCAUCGGGACAGCUCCCUGCAGUCUGACUUAUCUGGCAAGCUCACCGUCUGCCCAUCUUAUACAGAAAUCUCAUCAGAAAUGGCGGUUCAAGCUUUAAACAAAGAACUUUGCUUUCAGUGGUAUAUUCCUCCCCUGGACAAACCUCUAAAGGAUUCAGAACCUAUGGUUUUAUUAUUGUAUGCAUAUAACCUGAAGCCCCUGAGGAUUUUAGAUAUCAAAGUUUCUACUGGCAACAGCCUGUACGUUGGCACCUCCUGGAUUCCACUGAGGAGCGUCAUUGCAGUUCACCAGAAACUAUCUAAUCUUGCACAAAUAGCCGAGAUAUCCUUACCAUCGGUUCCUGAAGUUACUUCAGAGGAAAAUAUCUAUGAAACAAUAGAACCUGAAGAUAAACCAAUUGAUACAGACUUGGAAAACAUGAUCCUCGAAUGUUGCUCUGAAAUAGAAGCUCUGUUUUCCAACAACAAAGACAAAGACAAUGAGCCCCCUCCUCCAAUGACCAAGGUUCCAUUUGAUGUCUCCCUGCCUGCUAUAUUCAGCCUCGAGAGACUUUUUGAUCUUGCGAAUGGUUGCAUUGUGUCAGUAGGAAGCCUUUUCAACUGGAUGGUGUCAAUUAUUCAGUGAACAUCCUUUACAGGGUAACUGUCUAGGGGGACUUCAUUGUUACUCAUCUUUUUGUUAGAAAUAAAUUUCUAAAUUUUUUAAUCUCAGAAAUACUAAUAUUUCCUGUUAUGUUGAACUGAAGAAGUUUCGUUAUUUGGCUUGGGAAGAACAUUUUAGCCUUAUAUGGUACUUGCUUCAGAGGGGUUCUCAGCAGAGAAUUAUUGUACUAGCUUUGGAAUCUUGUAGAUCUGGGUCUAUGUUGGAACUUCACCACCUGCUUGCUCCAUAUCUUUAAAGAAUUAGCUUCAAUUCUUAUGCUUUUGCUUCUUCAUCUAUAGAGUGGGAUAUGAGUAUCUAUUUCAUAACACUGCUGGUAUGUACUAAAGUGAGUGAAGUAGAAAAAUGAGGUGUGCAUCUCAGGCCUGAUGAAGUAAGAGAGCAUGGAGUGACAUUUGAUUGGUAACUGGAGAGGGAGCAGGCUUUUUGACUGUUCACCUAGCAUCUAACCAUGCCAUAUGCUAAUCCUUCCUAGGCUCUGACACAUGAAUGGAUACUUGUAAAAAUAAAAUAAUCAAAACUAAUAAUGUG